UGAUGGGAUUCCAGCAGGUUUCUAUCAACAAAAUUGGAACUGGGUGCAGGAAGAUGUAAUUGAAGCUGUGCAAUCUGCUCUCAAAACAGUUCACGAUAUUUCGUAACGCAAUCCGAAAUUGAUCAUCCAAAAUGUUAGGAGAUUUCAUCGGCAGAGGACUUUUUAUGGUAUUGGGGUUCGCAUACCCAGCAUUUGAGUGUUUCAAAACGGUGGAAAGGAACAAAGUUAACAUCGAAGAACUCCGGUUUUGGUGUCAAUAUUGGAUCAUUAUUGCUGUACUUUCAGUUUGUGAGAGGUUUGGUGAUAUAUUCAUAUCAUGGGUGCCAUUAUAUGGAGAGUUGAAGUUGGCUUUUAUUAUUUACCUUUGGUAUCCACAAACAAAGGGAACUUCUUAUGUGUAUGAGAGCUUAUUAAGGCCAUUUGUGUCGAAACAUGAGACAGACAUUGACAAGAACCUGCAAGAGUUGAGAUACAGAGCUUGGGAUGUAGCCAUUUACUACUGGCAAAACUGCACUGAAUUGGGAUCAUCAGCAGUUUUCAAUGUGUUUGACUACAUAGCCAACCAGUCUUCCAGGCUUAGAGGCGGCAGCACUCAGAAAGAUGAUCGGAAACGACGAGACGGCAGGGGCAGCCCACCACCACAACCACCAUCAAAAGGGUCCAGCAUAUGGCCUCUCCGACAACGAAAAUCAAAGCCUGAAUCACCAACUGCCUCGCCACUACACCCGAACCAUCGAGAGGAACAGCCAGCACCAUCAGCACCUCCCCUUCCAGCUCCAUUUCCCAGUUUGUUUAAAAAUGAAGCCCAACAUUCCAAGUCCAAACUGGUCCAAAUGAAACUUGAAGAGGCCCAAACUGAAUACAUCUACGUUCAAGAGGUUCCGGAAGAAGCCCAUUCCAAAGGCCCAGAAAAAGAAAAGACCAAGCUUAGCCCGACCCGUUUAAAGUUUAGGCGAUCAUAAUCAUAACCCAUUCAAUGAUCACCUAAUCGGCUAAUCAAACACCAUUUUUGACAUUUUUACCCAAAAAAAUCAUACUGUACAAAUCUCCAUUGUUUAUAGUUCACCCAAAAAAAAAAAAAAAAAAAAAAUUUAAAAAAACACACACUUUUUUUUUGUUUACUUUAUUUAUUUCAUUUUUCUCAUGUUUGUAAUUACAACUUUGCCACCACACAAAUUUGCAAACUUUUUUUUGGGAAAAAAUAAUUGAAAAGAAAAGAAUACAAUCCGUCGUUAUCUGCACAGGAUGAGCCAGAGAGCGUCUACCAACCAAUCAUAGACACGUGUUACAGUAUCCGACACCGUCCGCCGGAAACUGACAAACAUCGGCCGGAAAAAUCCACCGGGAAAGCAAAGCCGGCGAGAUGAAGAAGAAGGAGAAGUCGAAACAGUAGGCUGAAGGUACGCCCAAGCAGCCUGUUUAACCAAACGGUUUUUAAUCGAAAUCUCAUACCCCGAACCACACGAAGAAGAUGAAAUUCCGGCGAGUGCGACGGCCGGAGUAGGUGAGAGAAUGGAGGAAGGACUACUACACGGGAGAAUAUCUCUUAAAGAAGUGUAGUUAUCCGAUGAUGGUAACGGCGGCGGCGACUUCAACGGAAAAAGCUCGAAAUCCGCGGCGGAGAACGACGGCGGUAACGGCGGCGAUCUGUUGGUGGUGUUGUGGUGAUUUCCGUUUAUUUGUUUGGGUUUACGAGGCGGAACGAUGACGGCAGAAGGGAGACUGUUACGACGUUUGAGAGUAGUAAUAGGAUGAUUAUCAUGUUGUUGUGGUUGAUCUACCAUUGGUAAUAAUGUUGGAUUGAGCUAGAAAGAGCGUGUUAAUGGAAAUAUGGAGGUUUAUAGUUUAGUUUUAGAAAGAGAAAGAGAAAGAGAAAAAGAAAGUGGAAUGAUGAAUAGUUGUUGUUAUUAAUGAGAAAAUUGUAAAGAUUUGUAUGGAAAGAUUAGAAGGGGAGAAAUUAAUGAUUGACGUAAAUUGUCACCAUCCAUUUGAAAUUGGUUAUUGGUGAAUUGUGAUGGGUUGUUUAGAUGCAAUAUUUGGGUAUUGGAUGGUUUUUCCA